UCAACACAAAUUGUAAGGUUAGAUAGGGGUCAAGUAAUGAUUUUGCAUAAAACAUUAAAAACUGAUAAUAGAUAUCAAAUUGUAUGAUUUAUCAGCCUACUCAAGUCUACUUUAUAUUACUUUUAGGAGUGUUGAGUUGUAUAAAAAGUGUUAAAAAUCAAAAAAUGGCACAUGGUGUUACAAUAUUGGAAAACAAAGACAUUGUAAUUGAGGAUCUGUGCAAGAUAAUAGAAAAAACAGCCCAAGAGAGCAUUGAAAAACAUGGGACAUUUUCUGUGGGUCUUUCAGGAGGCUCUUUGGUGAGCUUCUUAGUAACAGGCCUUCCGAAAGUUAAAUCAGAUUUUACAAAAUGGAAAUUAUUCUUCUGCGAUGAAAGGCUUGUACCUGUAGAUGAUCCAGAAUCUACAUUUGGGGUCUACAAACGCCAAUUAGUUGACACUAAGGCAGUAAACAUCACCGCCGACCAAUUUGUGAUACUGAAACAAGGUGUGUCUGCUGAUGAAGCUGCCAAGGACUAUGAAGAACAAAUAAAAAAUUUAGUGCCGCUUAAUCCACUGCCCCAAUUUGACCUGUUAUUGCUGGGAAUGGGGCCUGAUGGACACACGUGUAGUUUGUUUCCAGGCCAUAAGCUUGUUCAAGAGACAAACAGGUGGGUUGCCCCAAUUACUGACUCACCGAAACCCCCUCCGAGCAGAAUUACUUUAACCUUUCCAGUGCUAAAUAAUGCUAGGGUGUGUGUUUUUGCUAUAGCUGGUAAAGAAAAAGCUGAAAUGGCUAAGAGAAUACAUGUGAAUAAAGAAAAGUUGCCAGCUGGACUAGUGCAGCCUACUAAUGGACAAGUGUAUUGGUUGGUUGAUAAAGAUGCUGGAUCUUUGUUAGAUUAAUUUUUUCUAAUAUUAAACUGAAAAGUUAUUUUUUGAAAAA